AUGUUGAAGUGGACUAUUCUAUUAUUGUUAUUAGCUGUGUCCUCUAGGUGUUCUGAUUCUUGUGAACCUCUUCAUGCUCAAGCACAUGGAAUCAAUCUGGUAUGCUGUUCUUUGAAUCACAGUCUCACUCCAAGCUGUGAAUUCUCGGCACUCUGUCAUGAACAAUGCUCUUGUUUCUUAACAAUCACUAGAGAUUUGGAUUGCCAAUUGAAACAGAUUGAAUCUGAAAAUAAACCCUAUCAAUGGCUUGACCAUCAACCCAACGCUUCUCCAUUUUCCUGUAGACAACCCAACCUUCCAAAUCCAAAUUCUCCAUAUACCAUUGUAGUGGAAAACUCUAAUGGAAGUCUCACAAAAGAAUUCCUUCUUGGAUCCUGUUCUCAAAAUGUCACUUCCAUAACAUUCCAACACUAUCAUCCGCUUUAUGAUUCAAUUGAUUUCGGGGAAUGUUUUCCAAAUUUGGGUUCAUUCCAAGUUGUCUUACUACAUCGAACAAGAGCCCAUUUUCACACUUCAUUGAGAAAUUUAAAAUAUUUGAGAGUGUUGUCUUUGGUGAACGUAGAUUUCGAGUUCUGGCUUCAACCGUCUCCUUUUGUUAAUACUAUAACAUACAUUCAUAUUGAGAACUCAUCAAUUACGGAACUACCAAAAUGGAUAUCAACCAGCAAAUCUUUGUCAACCGUAUAUUUGAAGGGCACUUCAAUAUCUUCCCUAUCCCCAAUUGCUCAACUUCCUGCAGUUAAAAGUUUGAAACUCUCCCAUAAUCGAAUCGAAAAUCUUCAUCGACUUCUCUUUGUUUCACCGCUUUUAAUUCAUGUGGAUCUCAGUUAUAAUCAGAUAACUUCUUUUGCCUCUCAUACAUUCAGUAAAUGCGUUGAUCUUCGAGUGUUGGACCUAACUGGGAAUCCAAUAAAAAUGUUGCCAUACAAACCAUUUGCAAAGAACAUUCGAUUGAAGUGGCUGAAAUUGAGUAGAACUAAUAUUUCAACCUUAUCUCCUGAUCAUUUCUAUGGAUUGGCUUCUUUGAAAACGUUAUCCCUAUCUCGAAUGCCAAUCCAAACGAUUUCUCCUUAUUCCUUCGUUCCUCUAAAAUCGCUUCGAUAUCUUGAUAUGGACUCUUGCAAUUUGACAAGAAUACCUCAAGCAGUCACUGCGAAUUGUCAUUUGGCUCGAUUAAAUUUGGCCAACAACAUGCUACAUAAAAGCUCUUCAAUGCCUCCAGAAGUAAUGGCGAUGUUAAGUGGAUUGUCCCAACUGAAAAUCGACGGAAAUCCCUUGAUGGAAUUUCCCGCUUCGUUCCUCUUGAUUUCUCGGGAGAACUUCCGCUUACUCCGACAUCUUCUUCACUCAACAAUGACUCUUCCUGUCUGGCUUCGUGAGCCAUGUGCGCCGUAUUAUUGGUCUAUGCACUUGGCUAACAGAACUUCAAAUUUGAAGUCUUUCGUAAACCAAUAUGAUGAGGAACGAAUGCUGAAAAGCGGUUUGGGUUACUGUAGAGAACAAUAUGAUUGGAUGUUGGAACAGAUGGAAGUUUAUAGAGAAUUAGAAAAAAAUUCGGGUCAGUUCUCAAAGACGAAACAACAAAUGGAAUAUUUUAGCAUACACCGGCCAAUACUAUUUAUACUGGUACAGAAAAUCGAAGCUGAGGAAGAGAAACGCCGUGGUCCCACAACGACAACUACCGAUGUUAUUCAUUCCGACGUCUUCGCUCAUCCUUAUCAUCUACCUCUCCCACUGUUGCUCCCAAGAUUCCGAAUGAUACAACCACGGCUUCAUUUUUCUCUAUUGAUCAUGAUCCUUCAUCCCCUGCCUUCCACAUUCCUAUCCUACUUUUGA